AUGCACGAUCCUCCUGGUACGACGAUAUUUGAUGUCGCUGGGGGACCUGAACGGAAUACACUAGCCCGAUACCCUCAUAUGACCCAAAUCAGCCACUGGUGUGCCUUUCAUGAGCAGCCUUCAUUUGACGUCCUUGAGCUGACAGGAGCUGUGAAGAACUGGAACAUAAACGCAACGCUGUGCGAUUCACUAUUUUGGAGCUCUGGGGUUUUUGCUCACUUUUGCUACGUAAACAUAUGCAUGCAGGUGGCGGGUCUUUCCCUUGGGGCUAUGCUGUUCAUCCCACCGGCGAUUCAAUGUGGCGCUCGGCCAGUUCGCAUUAUAACUUCCUGCACGACUUUGUCACAGCAGUCUGGCAAGCCAGGAUGGCAACUUUGCGUCAGUGGCUGCGUCAAUGAAGCUCUCAUGCCUAUGGCGAUCUCGGACCUAUUCUUCGUUCAUCAACAUGGCUCCAUGGAAGGCCUCUUCCUGAUGGCGAUAUUAGUUGACGUGGAACCAGACUGA